UAUGUCAACAGUUUCCGUCGUUCUUUUUUCUUUAGGAUUAAUUCAGAUGGAUUUAAAUGAAAAGGAUAAAAUUCUUACAAUGAGCAUGUGGACAAGAUACGCUUGGAAAGAUGAAUAUUUAAGAUGGGAUCCAAAGGAUUAUGAUGGAAUAAUUACUAUUCGAUUAUCGGCCGACUUAAUAUGGAUACCUGAUAUUAUGCUAUAUAAUACAGCAAGUGUUGAAACUGUUGCUAGAGAUGCUUUGGCAGUUAUUAACUAUAAUGGUAGAGUUAUGUGGUAUCCACAUACAGUUUUCAAGUCAUCCUGUAGUGUUGAUGUCACCAAUUUCCCUUUUGACAAUCAGAGUUGCCAUAUGUGGUUUGGAUCUUGGACUUAUACAAAUGAUCAAAUAGAUUUGAAAAUGAUGACUAAAGAGGGUAUUGAUCUUAGUACUUAUCAGUCAGACUUUAAGGAAGGCUCAGUAUGGGAUAUUUACGAAGUUCACGCAGAAAAAGAGGUUAAAGGAAAUGAGAAAACAAAAAAAUUUUCCAUUGUAGUUUUCUAUUUAAACAUGAAAAGACGAAUAGUCUUUUCUACCUAUAUAUUAACACUUCCAUGCAUCUUUUUGGCAUGUUUAACAUUAGUUGUCUUUUGGCUUCCUCCUGAUAGACCUGAUAGAACUUCGUUAGCGAUGAGUAUAUUUGCAAGUUUUAUGGUUUUGUUGCUCAUUUUAGUGGAGGCUGCUCCCCCGACUGCUGGUUCUAUUCCUAAAUUGGGCUUAUACUAUUGCUUUAAUGUUGUUAUAAUCAUGUUGGCCAUUGUUCUAUCUUCUCUAGUUGUAAACAUUUAUAGAGGUGGAGCCGAUGGUAAAAAGCCACCAAAGUGGCUAAAUGCGAUUAGCUUAAAUUGUAUAGUUUGCUUAUUGUGCAAAAAACAUAAAUUGGACAAGCGACGCUAUAGGAAAGAGAGAAAUACUGAAAUCUGUGAUGAGAACGUCGAAAUAGAAUUGGAAUCGAUAGAUAGUACUUUUGAAUUACAUGGAUCAUAUAGCGAAAGAAGAAUGUAUACAUGCGAUUCAAAGCGACAUCUGUCCGAUUUUGAAAAACAAAUAGCAGACUUAAAAAGGAUGCUGGCGCAAAUGGAAUCAAAAGAAAGUGAAAAAAUUAUAGCCAAUAAUAUGACACAGGAAGCUAAGAAAGCUUGGCAGAGGAUAGCUACUAUGCUGGACAGAUUCUUUUUUAUAUUAUACUUUGUCCUAAUCAUAGCUUCUCUUAGCCUUACAUUUCCAAGACCAAGUUGA